AUGCGACUGCUUAUCCCAUUAUUCUCUAUAUUUGCCGCAGGUUAUUCACAUUUUGAAGAUGCGAAUUGUUCAAAAACCAAAGAAUGCAUUUUCGUACCUCCUGGUUGUGAGAAAUCAAACUCUUGUGUAAUGAAAUUCAGUUAUAAAGCUGUCGGAGAUGAUACAACAGAGAUGGAACUGUUCAGCUCGAACAACGAUCCAACUAAUAAUUAUGUAGCUGUUGGCUUUUCUAAAGAUGCUAGUAUGGGUAAUGAUCAUGUCACUCAAUGUGUUUUCCCGGAUAACGGGCAACCUGAAGCUCACCUUUCGUUCAACUUUGGAAAGUCAAACAGUCCACCCACAGAACCUGCUGAUUUGGACUUCGAAACAAACAGCUUGAAAGUCAUACAUGCUCACAAGAUGGAUGGGGGAUUCUACUGUCAUAUCAGUCAGAAGAGUAGUAAACCUGUCCGUCAAUAUGCUCCUGAUCUAGACACUGAACAUACAAUCUUCUUAGUUCGUGGUAAAGCUAGAAGACCAAGAGAUUUGGGCAUUCAUACUCUCGACCCCAACGCUCCAGAUUUCCCAUUCAUCUCAAACAACCAGUUAAAUGUUGGCCAUUUCUCCGAAGAACAAACUCCAUCUGAAGCUCCAAACGAGCCAAACUCUCCAGAAGUUCCUUCUUCACCCGGUCCAAUGAACGCUACAGCAGCCGCACCACCAAGCCACCCGGGCAAGCCAGACGGAUGGUUUGAUUUACCAACAAAACACUUCCUCAUCAAGCUUCAUGGUGCUCUGAUGAUCUCAGCUUGGCUCUUCUUCGUUGCUCUAGCCAUUCUCUCUGCUCGGUAUCUCCGUGAGCAUUUCCCAUCGUCCAACCCAGGAGGAUUGAAGUGGUGGUUCCAUUUACAUAGAAUCUUUAAUGUUUCUGCCGUCUUUCUCAUCCUAGUCUCAACCGCCUUGAUCUUCGUGGCGAAAGAGUUCAAUUGGACCGGUCCGGUUGCUAGUAAUACUUAUCAAGCCAAUUCCAGUCCUGGAAGUGUUCACAGUUUGGUCGGAACAAUUGCCAUUCUGGUUGCCAUCAUUCAACCUAUCAUGUCUAUGUUAAGAUGCGCUCCAGAUACAGGAGCUCGUCCAAUAUUUAAUUGGUCUCAUAGAAUUCUUGGAAUCUUCGGACUCAUUUGUGCACUGGUUGCCGUCGUCAUUGCUGGAAAUUCCUUUGUUGGAUUAUGGUCAGACAGCAAUUGGAGUUUUUCAAUUGUUAUAUUCUACAUUGUUAUUUUCAUUGCUGCCCUAAUCGGAUUCGAGAUUCUUUCUUUCAUGAAAGUCAAACAAAACAAAUCUUCGGAUUUGGAACUUCAUAAGAGGAAUGGACAUCAUUAUGAUGAUCGAGGACAUAUGAGAAGUCGACAAAGUUAUCCAAAGAAGUCCAUGUACGGCACACUCGUGUUAUACAUCAUUUUCGGUUUGUUCGCAGCAUGUUUAUGUACAGCUUUAUGUAUAAUGCUUUUGAUUUGA